AUGCCUCUGCCUAAUGCUACGUACACUCUCCAAGGCCAGUCAAGGCCUGGAGAUCCCAUGUACUCAAGGCCCAAGCAUGGAAUGUUGCUUCGCCUUUCUACAGAGGCUAUUAAUGCUCUUCAAAGUGACCCCAAUGCAAAACCUAACGUGGAUUUUGUAGUCUCAGAAGAUGGAUCAAGUCGCAUAGUAAUCGGCGAAUCAUCCUUCUCUCUGCAAAGCCAGACGGAGGAAAUACCUCAUGAUUUGUACUUGCGCUCAGCCUCAGCAGCCAAGCCAUUCGUUCCUCUCAAAUUUUACGCCAAUGUCAUCGGCAAACUCACCAUCUCUGAGAGGGAAUUGGACGACGAAUUGGCUGACAGGAUACGCAAAAGCACUGCAGCGGCAGCUGAGAAGCGCCACAAUCCUAAAACUAAAUUCAUUGAUGCCAAUAAUUUACCACAACCGACGACGAAAUCGGCGGCAAAAAAGAAAUCAGAUCUCUUCAGAAAGCCUCUUAGACCUAGUGAUCGGCUUAAACCUACCCCCCUCAGUACUUCCACCUCUUCCGCACCAUCACCGCGUCCGUCUCAUGCUCCGAAGCCACCACAGGAUGGGACCACAUCGUUAGGGAGACGACUAAUUCAUUAUCUGGCUCUUGCGGAGCGGACAAGCGAAGACGCCGUCAAGGCGGUUGGAGGUUCAAAUUGUGAUGCGAAAACAAGGCAGGAUAUAUUGGAUGCUUUGCACUUACUUGCCGAACGAGGACCAUCCAACAAAGGCUCUCAGCAGAUCUGGCGUUUGAAACACGAGUCUUGGCUCGACGUACGGCCGUAUGAAUGGCCGAGUUUGUCAGAAACAGAUCGUACCAACUUGGCUCGUGGCGCACGUAAAGCUCUCAGUUCUCUCGGAAUACCUGAGAGUGAUCCUAGAUGGGAACACGCAAAGUACCGUCCGCCCGCAAACAUUGCCAGAAAUGACUCGCCUAUUCCUGCGCCAUCUUCUCUAUCUGCAUCUAAUUCUGCAUCAGCGCCGAAACGCGGUAUCUCUUCAAAAGAAGCUAGGGAAAAGAACGCUAGAAAGCCAGAUACAAAGACGGAAAUCUUGAUCAAGGACGAAACAAAACCGCGCCCGAACCAUGUUGCUUCGUCCGCGAACGCGCUCGGGAGUAAUAGUAUGAAGCCUGCGGCCAAAACAUCGAAAGCACCUACCCCACCCACCACGAACGGUACCCCCUCCACACGUCUUACUCCGAAUAUGCGCAGACUACCAGGUUCUGGAUACAAACUCCCUACGAAAGCCGUAGAUCUCUCACGUUCACAGAAUCAAUCCAAGGAUGGGUCGAUUACCCCAUCCAUUUCGUCUUCAUCGGCUGCUUCGAAGGAUGUCGAUGUCGCUAUGAAAGAUAUGACGCGACGACCGAAUGAGGAUAAGCAGAAGGACGAUCAGCGUCUUCCAACCUCUCGUUCUAAUAUUAAAAAAGAGGAAGGCGAACUAUCCACAUCAUCUAGUGGUACUGGAGGGAUUGGUGCUCGUACCAAUGAUGGGCCUGCGCCCGUGAAACGCGUCAAGCACCUUCGGGAUGAGGCCAUGGAAUCAGAUCAAGAUAAAAUAAAGGACAACUCGAAAGGUAAGAACCGGGAAAGGGCUGAAGGUCGGUCGAGGGACACUGAUCGAAGUCGAGAAAGGGUGAAAGAUAGUGAUAGGGGUGGAAGCAAAGAGAGAGAGAGAUCCUUGGAGCGAGACCAUCAUCGUGACCGCGAACCUACGCGUCGGAACAGCGAAGCGUCUUCCCAAAAGAGAAAGAAGGUCAAAGAAGAGGACGAAGAACACGACGAGGGGAUUUUUAGAACAGGAGGGAAGAGAAGAAAAACGGAAAAUGGAAUGGAAGUUUUAUCUAUGGCUGGACCAGUAAGAGGCGACCGAGUCAAUGAACGGGAUCGGGACAGAGAGAGGCAGAGAGGCAAAGACAACGAACAGAGAGACAGAGAGAUUCACAGAGGAAAAGAUAAAGAACGCGAGCGAGGCAGAGACGAAACUCGAGAGAGAGGAAAAGAUAGAGAACGCGAACGAGAGCGCGAACGAUACAGAGAUAGGGAGCGCGACAGUCCUCAAAAAGGACGGGAUGCAAGAUCUAGCAAAUUUGUUAACGAGCCUACCACGGAUAGGAAGUCUUCUGCCAACUCUCAAUCCCACUCAGGGAAAGGCAAGACGAUGAAGAAAGAGCCUUCUCCGCCCCCACUACCAGCCAAGAAAGUCAAGAAGGAACUUUCUCCUGUCCCAAGACAUACUUCCCCGAUCUCGAAUCAUUCUAACAAAAGCUCCUCUACGAAGGGAGCCAAGUUCCGACGAAAGUCACCCAUAUACACUUCGUCGGAAGACGAAGACAAUCAGCGCCACCCCAGUCCUGCUCUACCUACUCCUACGGCUUCUUCCUCUUCAGCCGGUUCUCGUCGUUCGCAUCUAUCGACAAACGAUGCUCUCACGGACGGAAAUCUCAACGAGCACAGUCACGAAGCCGAUCAUCGUAACGCUCUUCGAAGCAAGUAUACAGCAUCAUAUGUGAAGUACUUGAGCACAUUUCAGACUCUGGUGUCGCAGAAGCAAGAGAUCGAACGUCUUUUGAAUCGCGCCAGCUCACGGUCGAGCGACUCUGAUGGUGAUGUGGAGCUGUUGGAUUUUGAGGGACUGACGAAGACAUUGAGUCAGAACAAACAGCAGUGGGAGGAGCUGCAGAGUAUUCAGCUUGAACAUGAAAGGGAGAUGCUCGGUUGA